AUGCCGGCAUAUGAGACUCUAUGGAAAUUUCAAGGUCUAGCUCCGCCUCCACAAGUCGAGGGCUAUCCGAAGACAGCUGUUCUGGAAAGGUUCCUACAGAAAUCACAUCUAUCUUGGAGUCCAUUUUCGCUGACGAGAGGUCAGAGAAACGCAGAUGAUAAUAACUCCACACUGACUGCCAAUGCUAAGCGUGUUCGGCGUAACUCUUCACGUCCCACACCGGAUGAUGCUGAACAAUUUAUUAUAGUUCCAUCCAGAAGCCGUCGGAAUCGAGUCUCCAUUGGGACCGAGACGAAAAGAGAAGAGUUCGAUCAUCUACCACCAUUGGUCUCGGAAAAUUCCACGUUACCCAUCGACCCAGCAUCUAAAGCAUCGGUGGAGGUUGCACAGAAAGCCAUGGAGGUCUGGAAGAAACUUCAACAUUCGACUAGAGACGUCGAGAUUAAGCAGUCGCCGGCCCUUACAUCAGAAGCGGAUUAUAAGAUCAGCUCUCACUCAUCAACCUCGGGCCACAAACCCUCUUCGAUUGGUGACCAACAAGGCCAUCCAGCGAGCGCCAGCACUUCGGUAUCAUACGCACCUACCCCAGAGAUACCCCCCAAAGACAACGGGAUAGAUGUCAAGACCCCCACCUCUGAUACCCAAAUCGACAAGCGCUCCGUCUCUCGUCACUCAAACCAAAAUAGAGCUCAGCCACAUUUUUCGUCGAUGACCCAGCCAACUGAGAGGAAACAGCGUACACCUUUGCCAUCCCAAAGAGACAAAAGUCCGCCACAUGAGAUCGAACGCGAUAUGCUUAUAUCAACGAUGCAGCCAGCUGAAGCAUUCUCCUCGAAUAAUGUCGAUUCUGGAGGGAGCGAAGACGAGACGAAUCAAGUACCUGGAAAUGUGGUGGACUAUCUAGCAUCCAGGACUAACGAGUCUCCACGGCAUGGUUCUGCCAGAGCCUCAUGGGAACCAGCUAGCGAGAUUCGAGAUGAACGUAAUUCGCAGGGCCAGAGCCCAGCCCUGGAGGUCGAUGGAAGAAUACCAAUGCCGCAAUCGCUACCGGUCACGGCUUCUCAAUUUCAUAGUCCAGCAGCCAACCCUGCGUGUUCCCCAGGCAUUAUUCAUAGCUGCCCUCCAACCAACGUUGUUCUGAGUAAGGCGAUGAGAGAAUCUGGGCCUCUCAACACUUUUCCAUCUGCAUUUUCAGGUAUGAAUACCGACUCUCUCGAUCAGCAGCGGAGCCAACCUGCAAAGCGGCGAGGACGAAAACCAGCUAAUGACGAGGGUGGAAAGUCUCAGAGGGAUAUAGUGGCGUCUACCAUUUUGUCGCAGUCGCAAAUGGUGCCGUCAACAAAUGUACAUACAGAAAACCGCGGAUGGGGUUCAAGUGCCAUCCUGACGGGGAGCCCGCGAGGUGGCUCGCCUACCAUUCCACAUGGCUACGACCAGAGUCAUCAGCCUCAACCCCCAAGGCCGUCUGCAUCACCGCCACUGGCAGCGUCUAGUCAGCCUCCCGAGCAAUAUCGCCCACCAGCUGUCAUCUUCACCCUCGACAAUCGAGCUGAGAGUCUCCUCACGACUGCCGAUGCCCAAGCUUUCGUGGAAACGUUCACACAGAAUAGCCGAGUCGUCUUAUCUAAUUCUUACCCGAUUCGUGUCGAACCCAUCGGUGUCAUCAUGUGGCAAAACUGGCCAGGCUUUUCCAAGUGGUAUAUGGAGAACACUGGUGUUGCAGAAACCGGAGAUUUAAGAUUCGAACUGAUUGAUGUUCACUGGCAACCCGAAAAGUCGUUCGUCGUCCCCGAAGGCAGCCUACACUACUUCCGGACACUCAAGCAAUACAUCUGGGAUCUCUACUGGGUCGCGUCAAACAUGAACAAGGGGCCAGGCAUGUUCAGGGUGUCUAUUUCGCAGUUCCAGUCACGUGCUGUGACUGGUACUGCUCCUGGUAGUCCCUCCACGCGUGGAUGGAAAGCUACGAAUUCGAAUAAGGUGGAAGUUCCGGUGAACACGGCCACUUCCAUGAACCUGCAAAACAUCAUGCUCGUACCCGAUUCGCACGCUCCAUCUAGACGAUCCCCUCAGGCGUUUCCUCACCAAGCAUCGCAUUCUUCUUCUUCUGGACCCUUGCCGAACAGGACCGGCAUGAGCGAGCCGAAGUAUCCCGUCUGGGAGUCCAGCCGGUCAUCGCCCAUCAACGUCUCUCGAGGACUUUCGUCGCUCAAGAGUCAAUCAUUUUCUUCUGAAUUCAGCCCAAAUGACUUUCAGCAACACAAUAGAAUGGUCUCUGGCAGUGACAAGCGAUCCUCCGAGCCUCAGAGGCCAUUCAGUCCAGUUGCGACUAGGCGAAGUCUUCCGGAAGCAAUCACACUCGGUGACUUCGCCCGAAGCAUCGCACACCGGUACGAGUUUGAAGUGCUCGACCACGAAUCGACAGCCCUCGACGAGCUGCCGUAUAAGACUGGGUCAGAAGUAUGCGGCGCCAUUAUCGACAGGAGGAGCGGCAGAGGCAUGGUCACCCUGACAGGCAAAGGCUACACCACCACGAACAUCGCCACCAACCCUGACGAGGCCGGCGACCGCUAUAGAGAGAUCAGCAUCCAUCCCAAACAGACCUGUACGCUUCGUGGCGGGGCAGUAGUGCACUACUAUCGCCAUCGCAGACCCGGACUGCAGCCCCCGGCGCCAGCAGCCGCAACCUGGAAGAAGCCACCGCCCCAACCAGAACCAGAAGCACGUAACCGCGACGACGACGUCUCUCCCGGGUCAACAACCCUCUCGCAGCCAGGCCGACGCGGCCCAGGCCCACCCUCCCGCCAGCUGUACCCCUCCAGCUGCACCGCGGCCCCGAGGCCUCAGCAGCUCGACAUCAUAAUCCGCAUCCAGGUCUCCGCCUCGGGCAAGUUCAGCGCGCCCUUCCCCCGAUCCGUGCUGCAGCGCCCGCACCUCACCACCGCCGACUUCUUCGCCUGGUUCGCCGCCGAGUCGCGCCACUGCCUCCCUCACGGCCCGCCGCAUCUGCGCUUCACCUUCAAGGACGCGAUGCCGGGCCCGUCCGCGACGGAGGUGGAGAGGGGCAACGAGGACCACUUCAACUACAUGCGGCGGGAUAUCAGGGCCGUGUGCGAGAAGGCGAGGAGCUACUGUCCUGAGUUGAGGGAGUUCGGGGUGCUGGUUACCGUGCCCGGGUGGGUUGAGGAGGGGGGGCAGGGGGGCGAGGAGGAGCCGGAGGACGAGGAUUGGUGA